AUGCCAUACACACCAACCAAGCCCUGCAAGACCGGGAACAUCACCCCUUCCCCUCCUGCCCGUCCCACGACUCCAGGCUCCCAAAAGCCAGCCUACAUGGCGGCACGAACCCCAACUCCCGCUCGAAUCCGUGGAUUCGACGACGGCAAUAGUUCCUCCAUGUCACCAUCAACGCGUCAAUCAUGCAGAUUGUUCCGUCUAAGCCUUUCGUCUGCUUCAAAGACUGCCGGUAAGGCUAAGAAAAGAGCGAGGAGUAGUUUGGGAAACAACGUGGAGAGUAUUUCGCCUACCCAGGCUAUUGUGGAAAGGCUGAAGAGACCAAAGAUUUCUCAAGUUUUGAAGGAUGAAGAAGCUAUGGGGGAGGGUUCAUUUGCUGUUGAGAUUGAAGGUGAAAAUGGUAUUGAUGGCGGUUCUAUGAGCUUGGAUCAGACUCAUAUUACCAGCUGUUUGGAGAAGAUAGCUGAGGUUCCGGAAGAUACUAAGAAAGCUACCGAGAAAAUGGAAGUCACGAAAUCACCUACCUCACCACCAGCUCGCCGUCGAGGGAGGCCACCCAAGAAAGUUUCUCCAAUCCAGAUCACAAACGAAACACCCAAAAGAACCAUGGACAAGAAACCUCAAGAACGAGCUACGGAAAGCAAGCCAGAAAGUGGCACGAAGAUGUCACCAACCUCCCAGCCUCCUGGCUACGGCCAUUCAAAACUUCAAGAGCUCAUCACGAAGCUCGAAAACUCCGAAAAGUCUGCCGCCGACGACGCUCAGGAGAUCGGUCACCUCUUGUCAGAGGUGGUCGAAAACUCCAGCGUCAACGAACUGGCCGGGGGUAUGGCCAACCUUAAAGGCCCCCUCAAGGUCAGACAAAAGAUCAUGGCUUGCAUGAUCGUUGCCCUAUUGGGCAAAGGGGCCGAGGGGGCCUAA